ACUCCUCUCAAUCUCUCAAAAUUCAAAAUCAGUCGAGUUCCGUUCCUCCAGCUCCGCAUCGAUCUAGGGUUUCUGUUUAAAACAGGCGAAGAUAGAAUAAUCCGCAACAAUGGGAGGUGAAGGAGAGGAUCUAGAGCCGCUCUUCGAUUAUCAUCGCGUUCAGCCAUCGAAUUUCGUUUGCAUUGACGACGAUGAUGAUUCUGAUGUCUCAGAGGUUCCUGUUAAGAAGAGAUCAAAAACUUCUCACACAGUUGUAAAGAAAGAUGAAGAUGUGAAAGUGAUUGAAAUAGCGUGUGAUGACGAUUGGUUGCCUCCACCGCCAAAGGUUGUCUUCGAUAAAAGCAAAGAGUCCGGUGAAGAUUCUACCAUUAAAGCUUUGAGGUCGAAGAAGAUGGAGCUUAUGUCAUUCACGAAAACUGCAGUAGAUGUGAUGCAGGAAGCACAGGAGUCUGCUAAAAAAGAAGCUCAAGUAUCGCUCAAAACAUCCUCAGAGGCUACUCCUGCUCAGGCACUACCAGGGCCGCCUAUUAAUGACAGAGCCAAGAUUGUCAUUACGAUACAGGACAAAGAUGGACAGAAGCAAUUCCGGGUGUUUGCGGACGAGAAGUUCGAGCGUGUUUUCAAAAUGUAUACGGAUAAAGAAAAGCUCGACCCGCAAAAUCUUGUAUUUACUUUUGACGGUGACAAGAUUGAUCCAUCGACCACUCCUUCUAACCUCGAGAUGGAGGACGGUGAUAUGAUUGAAGUACACACCAAAAAGAGAUGACAAAACAGCUUUUAGCAAAGUGAACUCACGUCUGCCAAAUCUGGAAUGUCAGUCAAUCCGUUCAUCUUUACCAGAGUUUGUACAUCAACAUGGGACAUGGAAAGGGAUCUCUGCUAAAGACUCUGGUCUUGUAUCUGUGGACCUUUUGUCAUUUGUUUUCCGAAUUCUUCUUUUUCACGGUUAGAUUCAGCAUACUUUUGUUACUUAUUAGUGUCCAGUAUAUAGCUAAACCAAAACCAUUCUGAUA